UUUCCUAUUCGGCUCUAGCGGCCGCAUCACAGUCCUCUGCCGCGCGCUCGGAGUUGUAGCCAUGGCGGUCGCCACUGAGGGCGCCCGCAGGAGGGAGCGCGUUCUCUGCCUAUUUGACGUGGAUGGGACCCUCACGCCGGCUCGCCAGAAGAUCGACCCCGAGGUGGCUGCCUUCCUGCAGAAGCUGCGAACCAGGGUGCAGAUCGGUGUGGUGGGCGGCUCAGACUACUCUAAGAUUGCGGAGCAGCUGGGAGACGGGGAUGAAGUCAUUGAGAAGUUCGAUUAUGUGUUUGCCGAGAAUGGGACAGUGCAGUAUAAGCAUGGACGACUGCUCUCCAAGCAGACCAUCCAGAACCACCUGGGGGAGGAGCUGCUACAAGACUUGAUCAAUUUCUGCCUCCGCUACAUGGCCCUGCUCAGGCUGCCCAAGAAACGUGGAACCUUCAUCGAGUUCCGGAAUGGCAUGCUGAACAUCUCCCCCAUCGGCCGGAGCUGCACCCUGGAGGAGCGGAUCGAGUUCUCCGAACUAGACAAGAAGGAGAAGAUCCGGGAAAAGUUCGUGGAAGCCUUGAAAACAGAGUUUGCCGGCAAAGGGCUAAGGUUCUCGCGAGGAGGCAUGAUCAGCUUUGACGUGUUCCCAGAGGGCUGGGACAAGCGCUACUGCCUGGACAGUCUGGACUCAGACAGCUUUGACACCAUUCACUUCUUUGGGAACGAGACCAGCCCAGGUGGGAAUGACUUUGAGAUCUACGCUGACCCCCGGACCGUUGGCCACAGCGUGGUCUCUCCCCAGGAUACGGUACAGCGAUGCCGAGAGAUCUUUUUCCCAGAGACCGCCCACGAGGCCUGACCAGGACCCACACCCGCUCCUAGGGACUUCCAGAGAGCUCCACCUGGGCCUAAAGAGAGCCCUGGUCCUGGCGUUGACGGGUAAGGAGCCAGGAUCCAUGUGGACAGCUGUCCCCAGCCGGUCAGCUCCUUGCGGGACUGGCUCCGUCCUCCACCCCAACAGCCCUGGCUGCUGCUGCUACCGUCCUUGUGAACAGAACAGAUCUGCCGCCUACACUGGGAGUAGGCACAAGCUGGUGCCGGUCCGAGGCAGAGCCCGCCCUGCUUGCCUGUGCCGGAGGGGUACAGAGUGCGAGGGAAGGGAAGGUGCGUAUUUGCCAGAACUUUCUCAUAAAUAUUAAAGUUCCCGGAACAAGG